UGAGGAUGGGUAGAGCAGAAGGAACCUUGGGAACCUUCACUGUUCUGAUUCUUGACUCUACUGUGUCUACCCCAGUAUGUAAAACUGAGGUAGAAAAAAACCCAGUUAGAAAUAAAAAAGAAAAUGGCACCCAUGAUAUUUACAGCUCAGUUUUUUUAAACACCCUGCCAUUACUAUGAGAGAUUCAUAUAAGCAUAAAGGAUCACUCAGAUGGUUUUGGUAAAUGAUGGUUUGACUAAUUUGGGCUGUCCUUAUUUGUAUUAGGCAAACAAGUGCAAUAUAUUCACAGACUAAAUUAGGGCAACACAAUUGAAGCAAGCGUAUAGUGAUCCAUAAAUCGUCGCAAACUGAACUACCGGCUUUGCGUCUGAGUGAUUUAUUCACUUCCUCUCUUUUCGUUAGUAUUGAAGGGUCUGUAAGCACCCCACCAUAAGUUUCCUGUACCUUAAAGUGAGCAGCCUUCGUCUCUACAAACGCAGCUUUGUUGCAAGCUUCCUACCACAGCAAGGGUGCUUUCCACGCUUCGGGCUGGAUAGGUACUGUGGAAGAGAAGGAGACUUGUGAUUUUAUCUCGAUCUCCAAUCGAAUGCUACUAAGGUACAGAAACUACCCAGGAGCCUCAUGGGAAAAAAAACAACCCCCCAAAAAAAACAACCCCAAAGUGACCCACUAGGUUCCACCCACCAGUGUUUGGAUGAGCAUCUGCAUUAUGAGACGCACAUUGCUACGGUGCGAGUGACCGACACAGGAGACGAACGGCUCUCUGAGAGCCAUCUAGAGAGUUUGGCCCUGAGCAUCCCUGAACUAAACCACCGUGCCACCGGGAAGCCCCAUGCACACACUUUUCUUUACCCAAGCUGCUUAGAGGUGGUGAACCUUCCAUGGGACAGCAGCGCCCCUCUUAUAACCGGAGCCCGGCUAACCUCCACCCCACGUGCGCGGCCCAGUACACCAUCGGCCCACCGGAUAUCAUCGACCAAAACUGCUGUUAAAGUGCAGACGCCCCCUGUACAGCUCCCCCUGCUGGUUCAGCAUGAGAACGACAGCAGCUACAAUGAGGAUUGGCUGAAAUCUGAUGAGUGGACCACAGUAGCCUACAAAGAUCAUGACUACAUUAGGUCAUUUUGCCCUAUCUACUGUGCAGGGGAUGACGUGGACGUUGUAGGCUGCUGCAGUGUCUCUGAUUACACUGCUUAUGGUCAGCCAGUUUUUUCUGUCUACAUGGACUUUCUAUGUGAGGACAGCCAGACAGGAAAUGACCUCAACUCUGAUUGCCGGCAGGAGGAAUGGACCAGAGACCAGGAUGUUGAGACCAUCAUAAGGAAAAGGGGCAGAGUUUAUCCAAUUCCCAGCCAAGAUGAAUAAAAAGAUUAUUGUUACUUUUCCACUUAGUUUUUUUUAGAAUUUCACUAAACCUUAAAGUUUACUUCAUAAUUUAUUUUUCCUAUCCUCUGUAACAUCCACCCAAAAUCUGUUGACCUUUACAGUAAAGAGGCUUACAGUGGACUUUGUGUAUUUUUCCUUCAGUAAUCUGCCUUCACAUUAUAAUCUGCUUUUAUCUAGUCAGUGAAUCUGUGUAAAUACAUUUUUUAAAAUAUGCUUACGUUUGAUUGCCUGAAGAACGGUGUCUUAAAAGAUAUAGACAGUGUAACAGCUUGUUUUUAUUGAAAUUAAACUAAAACAGACAAAUAAAGAGGCUACUUAUAUGCUUCCCCUGAAUAUUUUAGUGAACUUAAAAAGUUGCAUUUGAAAGGCAUCCAGGGGAAUAUUCAAUCUGUCACAUAGGC